CCUCGAAGGUAGCAUCCUAAGAUCCAGGUAGAGCUGCUUUCAUUGGAACCAUGGCUCCUCAGCGGCGGCCGGCCGGAAGGGCUCCGGAGAGUGGCGGUGCAGGUGCGGCGGCUCGAGCGGAAGAGCGUCGUCACUGCAGCAGUGGCGUGAAAGAUAAUAUUCAGAAAGAUUCACGGCGAAAAUGGUUAACAGCAGCUUUCCUUCUCUCAUCUGCCAUGCUGGGUUAUCUUUUGAGUAGAAGCUACUUGUUCAGUGAAGAUGGAGUUACAGAAGUAUUGGCUCAUCAUGGUGAAAGUAUCCCAGACAAAUUCAUUGAAGUACCCUGCUCAGAGGAUUAUGACAGCCAUAAACGGUUUGAAGGCUGUACCCCUCGGAAGUGUGGAAGAGGAAUAACAGAUGCCAUAAUUAACAGAGAAGAAGCUGAGCAAAUCCGUAGAAUAGCAGAGAGGGGACUGUCCCUGGGAGGAUCGGAUGGAGGGGCCUCAAUUCUAGAUUUGCACUCUGGAGCCCUAUCUUUGGGGAAGCAUUUUGUUAAUAUGUACAGAUACUUUAAUGAUAAAAUCCAUGACAUCUUCACAAAAGAGGAUUUUCAGUUAUACCGUGAUGUGAGACUAAGAAUUCAACAAAAAAUAGCUCUUGCUUUUGGCAUCAGCUCAUCUUCCAUGUAUUUGACGAAACCAACUUUCUUCUCUAGAAUAAAUAACUCAGAAGCAAAGACAACCCAUGAUGAAUAUUGGCAUCCUCAUAUUGACAAGGUGACUUAUGGCUCCUUUGAUUACACAUCACUGCUCUACCUAUCAGACUAUGCAGAAGACUUUGGUGGCGGACGGUUUGUCUUUAUGGAUGAAGGCGCAAAUAGGACUGUAGAACCUCGAGCAGGACGGGUUUCGUUUUUCACAUCUGGCUCGGAAAACCUCCAUCAUGUUGAGAAGGUCCACUGGGGCACGCGCUAUGCCAUCACCAUUUCCUUUACCUGCAAUCCUGACCAUGGUAUCAGGGAUCCUGUUUUAACAUGACAGGCGGUUGCCACAUAUAUUGGCAAGAGAAACUGUAUGGGAGAGGAGGAAAAAAACUUCUAAAUUACCAUAUAAAUUCCACUGAAUUUUAUCUAAAGUAAAUAGUGUGUGUGUAGUUUUUUUUUUACUUUGUUUCCUUUUAAGUGUUGCAAAAACAGUGCCUUAAGGCCCAUAUUUCUAAGUUUCUUAUAACAUUGCUUUUAUAAGAUAGUAAUUAAAAUAGUUUGGCUUUUCUUUUCCAGCUCUUUCGGGUACUGCACAGUAGGCCUGGGAAACAGUAUCAUUCCAUCAUGUAAUCUCUUCAAAUAUUCCUUUUCAUCAGUUGUUCUCAAAAUUAUAAUUUGUGAUGCCCCAUGAAAUAUAUUCAUGGACUCUGGAAUAUAUUGCAAGGAAGAGGUUUCAUUGUGCCUUGUUCCAGAUCCCAUAGAGUUGUUUAUAUUUUGGAAAAUAAAAACCUGGAACACUUGUGAGCCAACUGAUAUAUGGUUUUAAUCAUUUGCAAUUUUACACAAGUGUAUCAGGUUUUUGUUUUAUAUCCUUAUUUCAAUAUGUUCUUCCUUGGAAGAAACCAUGAGUUUUGAUGAUCGAAUUUUCUCUGUAGAAACCAGUUGUAUAUGAUCUCAGCCGUGAUUUCAUAUAACCAGCUAAGAGGAAGCUUCUUAGAAUAAAAUAAAACUACUAAAUAAUGUGUUUAAUAACGGUUCCAUUUCUAUUUGCCAGGGGAAUCAGGUUCAUUAGCAUGUUUAAUCUUUCAAUCUAAGAUCACAAAUAUUCAAGUGAUUUGCAAAUCCAUUAAAGUUUGCUUUGGAAUAAAUUUGGACUUGGCUGCCUCGCUUAUUCAAUUGUUGAGUAAGUGUAAAACAACUUCAAAGUCCUUUAAAUAAAAUUGGCAGAACUUAAAAUGUGUUAGAAAUGGAAACAAUAGGUUUGAUUCAUGCAAAUUCCACUGCGAUUAUUAGAAUAAAUAUUUCUUCUACCAAAGGAAAACUUAAGAAGAACCUGCUUUGACUGCAUAUUCUUUAAUUGUGGGAAACGUUUUUCCAAGCAAGUUUUAUAGCAAGAGUGUCAAACUCAAGGCCCACGGACAGAACUCGGCCCAUGGGGUGCUUAGACCUGGCCCUCGGGGCUGCCUUGGAAACAUCAAAGGACCAGCUUGCGGUGCCUCUGCUGGUGAAAACAGGUGUACGUGGCCCUCCAGAGCUCCGUUUUAGCUGGCAGAGUGUUGCAGGUGGCUGUCGCAGCCAGAAACGGAGCUUGUUUUCGCUGGCAGAGCACUCGGACCACCACAGGCACCCCUGGCACAAGUGAUGUUGAGCUGCCCACGCCCACCCCAGCUUCCCGAGGUCAAACACAACCCUGAUGCGGCCCUCAAUGAAAUCGAGUUUGACACCCCUGUUAUAUAGGAAAGUACUGUGAGUUAAAAUUACUGCUUUGCACAUUUAUGAGUGAUAUUUUAACUUUUUUUGUAUUUACAACAUUUAUUAGCUCCUGUGAGACAUCUUUUAUACAACAGUUCUUAAAUAUUAGAUGUUUGAAUACUCAUCAGUUUUAAAAUUUAACAAAUAUGGCAUGAUCUGACCCAAAGAAUUCUGAAUGGUCACUGCCAAGAAUGGUUUGGUGAAUUUCUAAAUGAACAACAGGAGUUGCAUUAGACAAUCUGUAAAAUCAUCUCCAGUACAUACAUUCUAUGAGAAAGUCAAACACACAAUGUGCCUUUUUAACAAACCCUAUCGAGCCCACCAACUAACAUUUUUUAUUACAGCAAAAGCUGUCUGAUUUGAUUUCCAUUAGCUACAAGAAAGCUGUCUUCCUUUGAAAGUGGAUUCUAAGGUUUUUAUUUGUUUAUUUUCAAUAUUAACUAUUUUAUUCUCUCCCUAUCCCAUCUCUGACUAUGUUUAUUAUUUUUAUUAGAUUUUUAUCUCACCUUGAUUAUUUUAUAAGUAACUCCAGGUAGCAAAAUAUACCUAAUAUUCUUUCGUCCUAUUUUUUCUAUAAAAACAGCUCUAUGAGGUAGAUUGGUUCGGCUGAAAGAAAGUUGUUGGCCCAAAUCACCCAGCUGGCUUUCAUACCUAAAAUGGGACUAAUACUCACAGGCUUCUAGUUUUUAGGUCAAGAGUCAAAGUUAAAUUACUUAUAUCCAUUCAUUUGUGUAUGUUCAAAAUUAGAACAAUACUGACUAGUCCUUGUCCUUAGAACCAUUGUGGUAUCCCUACAGUCACAUGACCAGAAUCACGACAACUGGCAACCAUCUACUUAAAAUGGUUGGAGCAUUCCAAUCAUUGUAAAUGUGAUCCCUAUUUACAAUGUUCCCAAGAGUUUUCUAACAAGCAAAGUCAAUGAGGGAAGCUGGAUUGACUUCAACAAUGGCAGUGUUUUCCUUAAUGACUGUGGCAAUAAAAGGUUGUAAAAUCAGGCACGAUUCAUUUAAUGAUCAUAUUGCUUAAUGGCAGAAAUUCCAUUCCCAACUGUGGUCAUAUGUCAAGGACUACCUGUAUGCAGAUCACUCAAGAAAUACCUUCACAUUUGCUAGAUCAAUUCAACCUUUCAACACUUUUAGUUAAUGAGAAUUAACAGAAAAUUGCUUUCACCUUGCAGCUGCUUAAGAAUAGACUUAUAGUUGCCUCUUUCAAACAUAAAAUUUGCAAUUGUUAAGGACAAUGAUUUCUAAUCAACACGGUUAAGUCAGCAAAUGCAGAAACCUUGAUAAAGAUCUUGUCAAAAAGCAAUUGAGGAAAAAAAAUUACUGGCACUUAAGCAUUUUCUUCCCACUUUGUUCUUCACAGCUUUUAUUGCCUUGUCCAUUUUUUUUCUGCCUGCAGCAAAGCAUCCAAAUAUCAAAUCUACAUUAUAUAUUCUGAACGCUCUCUCUCAUUUUCUGACAAGAUUAGGGCUUAGUAUUUCACUACAGAUCUUCCACUCAAGCACUUAAUGAGAAAAUUGUUUUCUAAACAGAAUUUAAUUUGCUUUCCAGAGAAGAAUUAAAUUGUCUCAUAAUUAUCAUUACAAGCAUCCAUGUCUGAUUGACAUAAAUUCCUUUGGCAUAUGCAAACCACCAUGAACUUAUCCCAAGAUCCAUGUAUAAUUUAGGUGAUUCUCUUACUAUUUAAUUGAUGCUCUACAGAAUACAUUUAGUGAAGAAAGCAAAAAUGCUUAUUUUCAUUCACCAUCCAUUUUGGGAGCCGGUUUGGUCUAGUGGUUAAGGCAUUAGGCUAAAAAGUGGGAGAAACUGAGUUCAAAUCCCACUUAGCCAUGAAAGCCAGUUGGGUGAUUUUGGGUCAGACUCUCAGCCCAACUCUUCCCACAGGGUGGUGGUUGUGGAGAAAAUAAGGAGAAGAAGAUGUUGUUGGAUAUGUUCUCACCCCUUCAAGUUAUUUGUAAAAAUAAGGUGUGACAAAAAUAAAUACAAAAUGCAUGUUGCUGACUUGAAGAGUUUUAUUUUCACAUGCUACAAUUCUUUUAAUGGUAAAAUGUUGAUAUUUGAAAGUACAUCCAAUCAGAUGAUUUGCUCAGUCUUCUGCAAUUCUACUGUGAUGUCUUUAAUACAUAUGCAGAGUAAGGGUAUGUGUUCAUUUUUUUUAAAUUUACAUUUAUAUCCCGCCCUUCUCCAAACACUCAGGGCGGCUUACAGUGUAUAAGGCAAUAGUCUCAUUCUAUUUGUAUAUUUACAAAGUCAACUUAUUGCCCCUCCAACAAUCUGGGUCCUCAUUUUACCUACCUUAUAAAGGAUAGAAGGCUGAGUCAACCUCGGGCCGGGCUUGAACCUGCAGUAAUUGCAGGCUGCUGUGUUCUAAUAACAGGCUUCUUACAGCCUGAGCUAUCACGGCCCUAUCAUGGCUUGAGUCAAAUGCUAGAGUGAGUAAUGACAAUGAAGCAAUAUCUCUCUUUACUUGCAUUGGAAACCCAGAUGGACAGAGAUGGUAUCACCUACCUAGGAGAGAACCCCUUCCACUCCAGUCACUUUUAAUCAGUAGGAAGAAAAACUGCCCCCUUUAUCUGUUGCCUUGUCUCCCUCUCCAUACAUUCUAUUGGCCCUGCAUCUUCCACUCUGCAUUUUCCGUCCUGGUUCUUUUAUCUCUUACUGUCUUUCUUCCGCUUUGCCAAAGCACUGUGAAAGUAAGAGCAUUAAUUUUAUGUGACAGGCUGUACUCCCAAAACUGACUGCCCUGUUCAUGUCUACUUUAGCUCUGGGAUAUCUGCAAGUCCCUUUCCUUUUCAUGCUGGCAAUUACAUGAAGUUAUUCUCCAAUGCACCUGAGGGUAGAACAAGAAGCAAUGGGUGGAAACUAAUCAAGGAGAGAAGCAACCUAGAACUAAGGAGAAAUUUCCUGACAGUUAGAACAAUUAAUCAGUGGAACAACUUGCCUGCAGAAGUUGUAAAUGCUCCAACACUGGAAAUUUUUAAGAAGAUGUUGGAUAGCCAUUUGUCUGAAAUGGUGUAGGGUUUCCUGCCUGGGCAGGGGGUUGGACUAGAAGACCUCCAAGGUCCCUUCCAACUCUGAUAUUAUUAUUAUUAUUUUCUCCAACCUACUGUCCUUAAUACAACAGGAGAGAAGCUUCCAGUGAGGAAUGGCAAAUUGACUCCCCACUGAACACCAGGAGAUCUUACAGCUCUGGUGAAAUCCAUUUUUUUUACUACUGGUUCUGUGGGCGUGGCUUGGUGGGUGUGGUGUGGCUUGGUGGGCGAAGUAGAUACUGCAAAAUCUUCAUUGCCACCCCACUCCAGGGGAAGGAUACUACAAAAUCAUCAUUCCCUCCCCACUCCUGGGGGAAGGAUAUUGCAAAACCUCCAUUCCCACCCCACUCUGGGGCCAGCCAGAGGUGAUAUUUGCCGUUUCUCUGAACUACUCAAAAUUUCCACUACCGAUUCUCCAGAACCUGCUGGAUUUUACCCCUGCCUUACAGCCUACAGGCAGUUGGAUGCUGCAUCCAGACUGCCAAAUUGUCUCUGGAGGAAGGGAAGAUGUAUUUGAAAUAACCUAUAAGUAUUCCAGACAGAUGGGGUUGUUUUGUGAGCAGAAACCGAUGUUUUUGCAAUCUCUUGCAAACAACUGGGACUCCAUUAAGCUUAGAGUCAUUAAUGUAGCCUUAUAUGGAGAAGGUUUGAUCAAACCUCAUUUUUAAGUCACUUUUGCAUUUCUUCUCUCCCCCCCCCCGCCCCUUUUACUGCUUGUUAAAACUGAAAAUUCUUUAACAUUUAUUCUUUUAAAAUAAACCUGCAUAUUAAGAUUGAAAGCCUUCAGAACUGCAAAUUGGUUUGUAUUUGCUGGGUAAAAGAAAAUUAUGAGUUUAAAGUUUUGUAAGAAUUUUUUUUCCAGAAUUUACAGCAGAAGUUUGAUUAGAGUGCCAAUUUUAGAAAGUUUUAAACAGAUUAAAGGUUCAGAUGGAUCUGAAUUAAAGAAAGACUUUGAAGUUAAUUAAAAUAAUCCUUUCUCAUGGGAAGUUUUUUAAACCGCUCAUAAAAUGACUUUGAAGGUUGGACACUAGAGGGCACUAGAAGGAACUUAAAUGUAAAGGAAAUUUUUGAUGAAUGGUCUAAAGCUGUAAUUAUAAAGCUAUCUGUUAUCAAAUUGGAAGAUGAUACUGAUGAGGAGAAAAUUCCAUUGAAUAAAACCCAAAUGGAUUUGAAUAUGGGAUUUUAAAAUGAUAGCUUAUAACAAAGAGAUGGAAUAAUGGAUUUACAAAUGGAACUGGAUGCUGACUUAUUAUAAUUACAAAAGACUUACAAACAUUAAACCAGAAGAGUGAUGUGGAUGACUUCUCUAUAAUGGUUUUACAAAAGGGACUAGUUGGAACUGUCAAAGAUUUUGUGAGAAGUGACAGUGAGAACAUGAAGAGUGACGAGGAUAAUUUUUGUUCAUUGGAAUCACAAAAGAAUCACGAAAAGGAUGCCAACACUUCUGAGAGAAAAGAUACAGAGAGUAUGAAAAAUUAAAUGUUUGGACUUUGAGGGAGUUAAAGAUUUUUGGAAGGAAAAAAAAUAAUUCAAUAUUUGUUUAUUUGGUCAGGAUUAAUAUAGAUGAACUGCUAGUUUCAAUGACAUUUAUGGAUUUUAAUUGAUUAAUACAAGGAUGUUGUUAUGAAAGUGGUUGUUAAUGAUUGGAUGUGAUACUUUAAUAAUUUUAUAUUGAUAUGAGAUGGGGGAUUUGUUUAAAUAGAAAAUGAGACAUAAACUUAAAAUGAAGGAUUCAAAGUGGGUUUAUUAAUGUAACUUUUGUAGUAUUUCUUAAUGGACUCUUGUUAUUUAGGUUGGAGAAGAUUAUUUUUUUAAAAAGAGACGAUAAUAAGAUGUUAAUAUUGAUCAUACUUGCAGGGGAGGAAGGAGGAUUCUUCUUUUAAUGGACCUUUAUAUUUUUUCUUCUUUUAAAAUAUAUUUUAACUAUGUAGAAUGUAUUACUUUUAUUUGUAUAACAUAAUAUUUAAUAAAAUUAUUGCAAAAAGAAGAGGGAUGCUGGUAGAGAAUUCUACAAGCUUAGUCCAACUGUUUGGAAAGGCUGCAUUAGCAGUUAGACUUUACCCUAACAUAUCAACUGUUCAUAUCAGUUUCCCUAAAAAUAAGAUCCAACUAGAAAAUAAGCCCUAGCAUGAUUUUUCAGGAUGCUCGUAAUAUAAGCUCUACCCCAAAAUAAGCCCCAAUUAAGAUUUUCAGCCAGACAGAUGCAUUUAGUACUGUAUUCCCAGAGGUAGGUUUCAGCAGGUUCUGACCAGUUCUGGAGAAUUGGUAGUGGAAAUUUUGAGUAGUUCGGAGAACCGGUAUUAAAUUUCUGGCUGGCCCCACCCCCAUCUAUUCUCUGCCUCCCAAGUCCCAGCUGAUCUGGAGGAAAUGGGGAUUUUGCAGUAACCUUCCCCUGGAGUAGUGUGGGAAUGGGGAUUUUACAGUAUCCUUCCCCUGCCAUGCCCACCAAGCCACGCCCACAGAACCGGUAGUAAAAAAAAUUGAAACCUUACCACUGUAUUUCCCCCUAAAAUAAGACCUAACUGGAAAAUAAGCCCUAAUGCCAUGAUGGCGAAUCUAUGGCAUGCAUGGCAGAGAUAGCACGCAGUGCGCCAUUGCCAGCUGCUUUUCCAGGUUCCGUCAUGCCCAUGUGCGCCAGCCAGCUGGUCCAGCGCACAGUCACAUUGGCCAGCUGUUCUCUUCUGGGCUCUGGCAUGCGCGCACACACCAGCACUUGGUGCCAAAAAGGUUAACCAUCACUGCCUUAAAUCAUCUUUUGGAGCAAGAAUUAAUAUAAGACCCGAUCUUAUUUUCAGGGAAACAUGAUAUAUGCCCACUGUUCUCCAGCACACAUCCCCAAGAACAAGCAGAAUAAAAAUACAGAGGUUACCACACUAGAUAUAUGCAAGGUUGAAAGUAUGUUUAUUUUUAAAGCUCAUGCAGAAGGUCACUCUCCUGAGGAAAUCCAGACCUCAGACAAUGAGCAUCCUUUCUGUUUUGUAGUUAGGAAGAAUAAUGUGUAUUGUAAAAAUUAAAGGUAGGGUUCUAAUUUGAUGAUUUAAGUUAAAACUGGAAUCAGUGGCACAGAUCAAAAUUAGCCUCCUACUCACAGAUGAGCUAUGCAGCUCUUUAUAUAAAAAGCCGUAUUAUCGGGCAAUUGCCAAAAUAUGAAAAAAGAGGGUUGUUUGUGUGUUUUAUGAUGGAACCACACUUAAGCUCUUCAUUUGACCAUGCUCAGGUUACAACCCAGAGGAAAUUAAAGUAGAGGCAUUCUAUUCCCUGUAGUAAUUUAGUACUCACUGAUAAUCUGCUGCUUAAAUGCUUAAUGCUGAUUUACGUCACUAUGAAGAUGUUAACAAGAUAGUUGAAAUUACACAACCCAUCUUGGAUGCUUUUUUGUUGAUGUUGUUCAUGCUCUCAGAAAUGCCAUAUAUCUCUCCUGUCAUGCUGCCUAAGAUCAGGACUAU